AUGGACUCAGAUGUGCUCUUACCUGUAAUGGCCACUGUCCCCGCAACCUCUUCUUUGGAGAAUAUUAGCAAGGCGUCCUGUUCCUCGUCAAGGUCUGCUCCUCUCCAUCCGCACUCCCAGGCGGCAUCCAUGCUCAUCAUGCUGAUUGUCACGGUCAUCAUCCUCAUGACGGUUGUGGGGAAUGUGCUGGUUGUGGUGGCUGUGUUUACCAGCCGUGCCUUGCGGGCACCUCAAAAUCUUUUUCUGGUGUCUCUGGCUUCAGCGGACAUACUGGUGGCGACGCUGGUCAUCCCCUUCUCCUUGGCCAAUGAGGUGAUGGGCUACUGGUAUUUUGGUUCCACCUGGUGCUCUUUCUAUUUGGCUCUGGAUGUUUUAUUUUGCACUUCAUCCAUUGUCCAUCUUUGCGCGAUCAGCCUCGACCGCUACUGGUCUGUCACAAAUGCCGUUAGAUACAACCGCAAACGGACACCCAAACGGAUUAAAGUGAUGAUCAGUGUUGUGUGGCUGAUCUCUAUUGUCAUCUCUUCACCACCUCUUCUCAUGAUGCACACAGAGCAGAGUUGCGACUUAAUGGAUGAGAACAAAGACCCCCAGAAGCAGGAGUGUCUACUCAACAACCAGACGUGGUACAUCCUCUCUUCCUGCCUUGUGUCCUUCUUUGCACCAGGGGUCAUCAUGAUACUAGUCUACUGUAAGAUAUACCGUGUUGCCAAACAACGAGCCACCGUGUUUGUGGCUAAGAAUGUGUUGGAGCCGCAGCCAUCCCAAUCUGAGACCUGUUUCGGUGGUGCCCAUAGGACCACCCAAGGCGGUAAAGCUAAAUGCAGAAAAUCCCAGCACGAGCUGGAUAACCCAACAACUGAGAAAAGACACAGCUCUUCCAACAUAGAGAGCAACAGCAGCAGCCACAAGAGAGGAGAGUUGGACAGUAUUAACUUAGAGGAGAGGACCCGGGAAGAUGACAUAAAAACAUUGUCCUCGUUUUCUGCUUCACUCCGCUUCUCCAGGAGAGCUGGUGGGAAGGGGAAAACAGGGGCGAGAAAGGGCACUGAGGGACCAGCAAGCAGAUUGAAGCCUUCUCCUCCAUCUUGUGCUUCCAUUUCGUGGGUAUCAACCGAUCACUGCUCCCAUCAUUUUCUCCUCCCUUCUCCUGUGACGCUCCGAAGCAGACAGAUGUCUUUGUCCAAAAACAAAGUGGCACAAAUGAGGGAGAAGCGAUUCACGUUUGUUCUGGCAGUGGUGAUGGGAGUGUUUGUCCUCUGCUGGUUUCCAUUCUUCUUUACUUACAGUCUCCAAGCACUCUGUAGAGAGAAAUGCAUGAUUCCUGAUGCUCUCUUCAACCUCUUUUUCUGGAUUGGCUACUGCAACAGUUGCCUGAACCCAAUCAUUUACACUAUUUUUAACCGAGACUUCAGGAGGUCCUUUAAGAAGAUUAUAUUCCAGACUCAUACACGAACGUAA